AUGCAUAUUAGGAAACCCCAGCCUGCCCCCGUUCAACAAGUCGUUGCUGCACCUCAGCAGGUCCAGUAUGUCGCUGCCCCUGGAAUCGGAGGCAUGGGCCUACUUGGACGUCGCCAGGCCGUUCUGGCUAGUCGCGAGGCCCUUCUAUCUGAUCGCUUCGCACGCCGCGGGGGACGUCGCGGGGGACUUCUUGGGCUGUAA